AUGGGUACUGGUAAGAAGGAGAAGCAGAGACGUAUCCGUGAGGGUACCACCAAGGAUGGUAACAUCAGAGUGAAAGGUGAGAAUUUCUACAGGGACUCCAAGCGUGUUCAGUUUCUGAACAUGUACAAGAGUGGUAAGGCUAUCAAGAACAAGCAUGGUGAUGUGAUCCGUGCUGCGGAUUAUCAGGACACCACUAUUCCUGAUGCCAGGGUUCAGCCUGACAGGCGUUGGUUUGGUAACACUCGUGUGAUCUCCCAGGAUGCUCUGCAACAUUUCAGAGACGCUCUGGGUGAGACACAGAAGGAUACUUACCAAGUGCUUCUGAGGAGGAACAAGCUGCCUAUGUCCCUGUUGGAUGAGAAGGACUCCACGGAGUCCCCAAGAGCACGUAUCCUGGAAACUGAGAGCUUCGAUCAGACAUUUGGUCCAAAGGCUCAGAGAAAGAAGCCUCGUGUUGCUGCCUCCAGUUUGGAAGAACUAGUGCAAGCUACCGAGGAAGAAAACAAGACCUAUGAAGAGAAGGAGGAGCUCAAGGCCACUUUAGGUCUGAUGGGUAAGCAAGAAGAUGAAGAAAAUGGUUGGACUCAGGUCACUAAGGAAGCCAUUUUCAGCAAAGGUCAAUCCAAGCGUAUAUGGAAUGAACUUUAUAAAGUCAUCGAUUCCUCUGAUGUGGUGAUACAUGUCUUGGAUGCCAGAGACCCUCUCGGAACACGUUGUAAGUCUGUUGAAGAAUACAUGAAAAAAGAAACUCCUCACAAGCAUCUUAUUUACGUUUUGAACAAGUGUGAUUUAGUACCUACUUGGGUUGCUGCUGCAUGGGUUAAGCAUCUAUCCAAGGACCGUCCAACUUUGGCGUUCCACGCUUCUAUUACAAAUUCUUUUGGUAAGGGUUCGUUGAUUCAAUUACUGCGUCAAUUCUCCCAAUUGCAUACCGACAGAAAGCAAAUUUCUGUUGGUUUCAUCGGUUACCCAAACACCGGUAAGUCAUCCAUUAUUAACACGUUGAGAAAGAAGAAAGUCUGUCAAGUGGCACCUAUUCCUGGUGAAACUAAGGUGUGGCAAUACAUUACUUUGAUGAAGAGAAUAUUUUUGAUCGACUGUCCUGGUAUCGUUCCCCCAUCCACCAAAGAUAGCGAAGAGGAUAUUCUAUUCCGUGGUGUUGUCAGAGUCGAGCAUGUGUCUCACCCUGAGCAAUAUAUACCUGGUGUCCUGAAGCGUUGUCAGACCAAGCAUCUGGAGAGAACCUACGAGAUCUCUGGAUGGAAGGAUGCCACCGACUUCAUAGAGAUGCUUGCGAGAAAGCAAGGUAGAUUGCUGAAAGGUGGUGAGCCAGACGAAUCCGGUGUCUCCAAGCAAAUCCUGAACGAUUUCAACAGAGGUAAGAUUCCAUGGUUUGUUAUACCGCCAGAAAAGGAAGAGGACAAAAAAAGAAAGCUAGAUGAAGAAGAAGUGAAAAGUGCCAAGAUGCAAAAGGUCAAGGACUGA